AUGUCUAGCGUACUCACGCACCACUCCACAGUCUAUCCUGGUGUCGAAUCCAAGGAUGCGGACGAUGUUACACUCCAACCAAUGCUUCUCGCGAUUCAAUUCUUCGGAAAACUUCCAAGGCAUCUCAUAGAGCAGGCCAUACCUAUUGAAAUAUCAGUUUCAAUCGCCGAAGAGUUUGGAUGCUUCGCCAUGCCCAUUGUACAAACUAUGUCCUUGGACUGCUGGCACUCCCUUCCUGGAAGUCCUGUAAAUGAUGACUUUGAACUAUUAUCCGAUGACUCUGUCUCUCCUGCCAACAACAUUCCCAUUCCAUUCCUCCCUCUUCCAUCACACUUCAACUAUAACAAGCGGACUGAUUGGGAAUUGCUAUCCAAACUGGAUCGAAAAAUGGCUAAUCGAACUGCAUUCCCCUCCUUCCCAAGAGGUACCUGGCAUAUGUGGGAUCCCCGCAUUCCAUUGGAAGGCGCAUUCAUCGAGCAGUGGCUGGAGACCUCAGAUGAUAAUAUCAAUGUCGACAACAACAACAUCUUUUUAAUAAGGGGAGGUGAUGAGAGAGAUGCUGAGGACUUGAGUGAGAUCUGGGAUGCACUUUGCAGGGAUGCGGCCCUCUUCUAUCCUUAUUCCCUCAUUGCUAAUGACUGA